UAGCGUGUCGCUAGUGUUAUCACGUAUGUAUUUACGCUAGCAACGGAACGGUUUUAUAAACUCUCACAGGCUUGUUUUUGUGGCUUGUCACAUACAUUAACAAUUUAAGAUGUGCGUUAUUAGAGUGAUAUCUUUAUGGAGAUAUGUUUUAUGAUUAUAUUGUGUGAAGGCGCUUUAUAAAAGAGUUUUUCUCAAAUGCUGUCAAGGUGGUUGUCAAAGAUUUGACAAGAAAUGUCUAAUCCAGUUUUAGUGUCGUUACAUCAACAACUCAAAAAAUGCUUUGAGGUUUUAAAAGUUAAUAAAAACGUUUGGGAAAGUGUGUUAGCCGAGUGUAUACCUCUAAUGAGCUCUCUCGGAAACCUCGCAGUGCAGUUAAAGGCACUAAAAAACGUUCAGCUUGCGAACACACCACUUGCCAAAUUCCCAAGUUUACAAGAACGCCUUCAUUAUAAACUGUCACUUGCUGUGGAUACAGUUCUGGGAAAACUGGCUGAGAAAAUGGAUGCUCUUCAGACAGUAAGGAAUGCCAUCAGUAAACAGGUGUCUGCUGUCUUCCAGUUUUAUGAGAAGAACACCGAUGCUCUUGACAUUGCUUGUUGUGUCUCUAGAUCAGCCACCUGUCCCUCCAUCGCAGACAUGUUAGAGUGGCUUCAAGACGCAGAUUGCUACUACCGCCUCCAAUUACUGCAGAGAAGGAAACUACUGUGGAUGUUGAAGCCCACUGACCUUACAUUAAUGGAAACAGAACCAAAGAGAUGGGAAUCUCUACAUUCAUCCAGCAGAGAGGAGAGAAUUGCAGAUGCACUGUGUCAAGUGUCCUUCUUCAUGGACAUUGAAUGAAUGUCAGCACUGUGAUGAUCAGAAAGCCAUUGUUGUGCCAUUGUGCCUGAUGUUGUUCUCAGCAUGGCACCAAAGCAUAAAAGGGUCACCAGAGACCUUGAAAGAGGCAGUGUAUUACCUAGAUACACUCAAUUCAUGCAGUAAAUCUUCUUGAAUGGUAAUAGAGGAAUUUGUUUCCCUGAAUUAUUUUUGUUGUGGGCACUACUAUGACAAGGACUGUAUAUCAGUGUCACUAGAAGGGAGCAGGUCUGUACAGUACUCCCAGAGAAUCGGUGUUUUGACUCAUAUGGUUCC